CUGUACUCCACCUUCAUCAGGGAACUGUUACACAAUACUAAAAGCAUAUAAAAGUAUGGAGAUACUGCCAAGGGGAGGAAAUGGCUUUUUACAUUUUUAAGAACAACAACUGGAAUGGAAAGACGGCUUUAAAAUAAAAUGACAAGAAUAUAGGAAAAACCUGUAGAUGGCAGUAAUGCAACACUGUGGUUAUCAGCUGCCGUAAAAACCCAAAAGAAGAAGAAGACGACGAAGCAUUCACUCAUCACGACUGAAUCAAAAAAUAUUGGCGGAGGUAGUGAUGUAGUACGGUGGUUUGUAAAACAUGAAUUUACUCACUUAAAUUGUUUCUUUGGAUUUAUUCAAUCAGGAGCCGGCCUUUGCCAUGACUCAGCCUGAGCACCACAGCCCACCUAUUAUGGCCUUGUCUGAAUUCAUAGUACAAAGAAAACUUAUUGGCUUUGGUGUAUUCCUGACUUGGGUUGUCCUCUUCCAUUUACUGGUUAAUGUUUGGCUCCUUUGUGUGUUCACCAGCCUCUUAGUAGUUAUAGGUGGGUGGCUUGGAUCUCAGGCUGUCCUCGAGUCUGAAAGUGUCCUCCACCUUGAGCGAUUCAUCACGCUGAAUGAGAUCCAGUCUUCUGCAGACAGUGAGCUACAUCUAGACCAAGAGAUCCAGAACACAGUUUGUAAGAUCAUCCGAGACUUUGUCUCUUCAUGGUAUAACACCGUUUCUGCAGAGCACGAGUUUGAGGAUGAGAUCCACAACUCCAUGAUCUCAAUGGCAAUGGAGCUUAAGCUUCGGGCAAAAAAAGUGGAUAGGAAAGCUUUGACUCUGAGGAUAUUAGAUCUUUGCGGAUGCCAUCUUCAGUGUUACAUAAAAGCAAAAGAAAUCAUGGCUGGAAAAGUAGGCAAGGACCAAACUGUGAAUAUUAAUGAGAGUCUCUGGCAGGCAUACAGCACAUCUUGUGUACCUCAUCCAGCUCUUCAAAGUUCUGCCAUAGAAGUGAAUUAUGCACGUGCAAUGGUAGAUUUGCUUUUACAUGUUCUUGUCCCUCCACCACAUCUUGAAACGAGAACAGGGAGAUUUGUUGUGUGUGAACUUAUAACAUGCAAUGUUCUUUUGCCUUUAAUUGCAAAGCUGUCUGAUCCAGACUGGUUAAACAUGUUGAUUGUGGAUGUGUUUACGAGGUCCAAAAAUCCAGGAACCAAAGCAACUGAGUCAGAGAAAAUGACAUCUCCAACAAAGGUUUCAAAUGAAGAAAACUCACAGGAUGUUGAGGUUCCAUCUUCUCUAGCCUUGAAGGUCAAGCCUGACACUCCCAGUGGCACUGACAUGCCAACGCCUGAAUUGACAAAUUUGGAUGUUAUUGACUCUGCAGAUCUUUACUGUCCACAGAAUCAAGAGGAUGAAGGACCAAGACAGUCGUUUGCUUCAGAGCAUCCAGGUUUCAAUUCAAAGGAUUAUUUGCGACUUAGGAAAUUGAAUCCCUUCUAUCAAGAAACAGACUCUGACUUGGAGUCUCCUUUAAACGAUUUCAAAAGGAGCUCCCUAGAGUCACUGGUUCUGAUAGGCACAGAAGAAGAAACAUUGGAGCCGAUUAUAGAAUGUCCUAUGCUUGCAGAUGAAAUACUGGACCCCAAAGAUGAGUUCCAUGUCUAUUCUAAUGCACCAAAGGUAGUGGUCUCGGAGAUGCAAGAACAACCCUCUGAUACCACUGAUGGGACAGAUGAACUGUCUUCAAGCUUUUGUGCUCUUCAACAACUUGAAAAGGGCACCACGAAAGCAGAAAUGACUGGCAUGGAGACAACACGGGUAUUGAACACCAACGGGCUGACUCUUCAAGCCUCCUCAGUUUCAGCCGGAACCGUGCCACUCUCUCCAUUCACUUUCGAACCCCUCAGUAGUCCUGAAGGUCCUGUUGUUAUUCAGAACCUUCGUAUCACGGGCACCAUCACAGCUAAGGAACACCGUGGCACGGGCGCUCAUCCAUACACACUCUACACUGUGAAGUAUGAAACAGCAGUGGACUUGGAGAAUCCAGACACAUUGCAGCCAGUGGCUUAUCACAUGGUUAAUCGGCGCUAUAGUGAAUUCCUGAACCUGCAGACUCGGUUAGAGGAGAAACCUGAGUUACGCAAAAUUCUCAAACAUGUCAAAGGACCUAAGAAAAUCUUUCCUGACCUUCCUUUUGGAAACAUGGACAGUGAUCGAGUAGAGGCCAGAAAAAGUUUAUUGGAAACAUUUCUUAAGCAACUUUGUGCAAUACCUGAAACAGCCAACAGUGAAGAAAUGCAAGAGUUUCUUGCCCUUAACACUGAUGCGAGGAUUGCUUUUGUAAAGAAGCCGUUCAUCGUCUCACGAAUAGACAAGAUUGUGGUGAAUGCUAUAGUCGAUACGCUGAAAACAGCUUUCCCUCGCUCCGAGCCACAAAGCCCCACAGAUGAGGUGGAUGCUGAGCCUGAUGGGAAAUUAUCCACAGACAGGAAGAGCAAGUCCAGGAUGCGAUUCUCCAGUAAAACUGCUCCUGCGCUUAAUGUAUCUGACAUGAAACCCAAAGUGCUUUACUGCUUUGAUGAGGCAAGCACCGUUUUCAGAGGCCUCACCAUAAAUAGUCUAGAGAGCUUCAUCUUGGAGAGGGAGCGUCUUGUGAGUAAAGCACCAGUCCAAGAGGCAGAUGGAGAGCGGGAUGUCAGUCUUGGCGCCAAGUGGGAUAUGGAGGCCUGCGCAUGUUCCAAAAAAAAGUUACAAAAUAUUGUUCAAAAUCAGGCAGGGGAGACUGUACUUGCUGACGUGGCUCUGAACAUCCUGUGUCUGCUGAUGAAGGACCAGUGGAGUUGGCUGUGCACGGAAAAUAUCCAGAGGAGCAUCAGACUGCUAUUUGGGACCCUCAUUGAGCGGUGGCUGGAGGUUGGAGUGGCUAAUUUGACAUGUCUGCAGUACUGGGUGACUUAUUUGCGGGUGCUGCAGCAGGCUGUGUGGCCUGGGGGAAAUCUGCCUGCCCAUCCCCGGCCUCAGCGUUCCCAGCAGCAAAGAGAUGAUACCAAACAGCAGUCACUGCAGUGUUUGAUGAAUUUGCUUCCUGAUCUUGUUUCAGAUAUGCUGGGCUCAGAGAAGUACAAGCAUUCCUGGCAGGUCGUUCUUGACUCUCUCCAAGAUUCUACUAUAAACAGGCACCUGGUUUACUGUGUGUGGGAUGUGCUAUUUGAGUUCCUAAUCCCCGAGCUGUCUGAUGACGACUUUCAAAAGUUGCUGCUCCAGAGUCUUUCUAAAAAUGCUGAGAAACUACCACCAUAGGAACUCGGCAAAAGUUGACUGACGCACACAAACACGCGUGCGUUUCAACAACCACCUACUCGUGUCAGAAUGAGUCUGGUCAGGUAUGGAGAUGCAAUCAUGGAAGUGAAUGAGGCAAAAUUGAAUAUGUGCAUGGUUUGGUCUGACUCUAAUUUAGCUCUUACGUGUCUGGGUCUCACACACAGUAUGUGUGUCUGGCCUAGCUUUGGUUACUGACCACCUGUUUUGCAUUUUAUCAGACCUUGACUGAUCUCCAAAACACUCUUGGACCGGAUCUGAAUUAGUGGAGAGCUGUCUUCUCAAGCACUUAUCCAUUUUCUUUUGGCUUGAAACUUUUGCACAUGGACUCCUAUUAAAGUUCCCAACACCAGGACAGAUUAAACUUCGACUCUAAAGCAGGGCCAAGUUACAUUUUAAAGUCACUUUAAGUUUAUUUAUUCAUUUCUCUUGCUCUUUGCCGUGGGCACUGCUCCGUGACACAUUUGUCUCUAAUUUGCUUAAGAUUCCAACUUCCUGUUUUAUCUUCCUCCACUUUAUUUAGGUUGGAGGGUUUUUCCAUGUGAGCUUGCAUGAGCUUUCAUGUCAUGCUGAAACUGUGCAUGCUUUGGGGGAUCAUUUACAACUUUAUCUUGUCUGUUCACCGAGUGGGACUUGAUAAUUUACUACUUUUUUUUUGUUGGCCUUAAAGAAAAGGUUAUACAGAAUAUAACUCAGAAUAAUGCAGAGAAGACUACAGAAUGUAAAGGGGUCUCCUUUCCAGUCUCCUGUUCUAAAUAUUGUUGGAUGCUCUGUUACCACGUCUGUCUUUGUGUGUAUGCUAACUUGGUUCUUUGGAUAUAAAUCCUGAAAUAUUUUCCUCAUGCUUGUGCACUUUGAUGAAAUCAUAAAGAAUAUUUGGUUAAUGUCUAAAAGAGUAAAAGAUGUGUAACUGCCUUAAUGUGUGUGUGUGUGUGUGUGUGUGUGUGUGUGUGUGUGUGUAAACCUGUUUUGUCUAUAAAGCAGUUUAAAGAUAUAAAAGGAAUGGAUCAAAAGCCAUGAAAAAGUUAUUCCUUAGUGGUCAGUAUGUUUAUCCUUCCAGACUGGUCUGUUUCUUGAAAAAGUUCAUUUGUCAUGUCUACUUUGGCAUUAUGUUUUCCCCCAGUAUAAUGAUGCUUGUGAACUUUUGAAAUGUUUACGAUCAUGAUCCAAUAAAUAAUCCAUUAUACUGUCCACUGUUGUGUGAAAUGUAAUGAAUAUGCUUUAAUUAUUGCACUACUUGUAAAUGUUUCAGUGAAUAAAUUGUGUUGUAAGCUGUGAUUGUAAUAAAUAUGCAAAAAGUACAGACCGGAGUUAUUUCUGUCUAAAAGCACAUGGGCUCUGGAACAUGCUUUUGUUCAAUAAAUGCUUUGUCAAAUAA